CUAAUUUCCUCUCCAAUGGUACAAAACACCGUAAUCUGCACCUCAGGUCGCAUCUCUCCAGUCCAAUACCAACCUCUCCUCAAAAUGGUCGUUUCCAUGGACCGAUGGGUGGGCAAAGUGGCGGUAGUGACAGGUGCAAGUACUGGAAUAGGUGCCGCAAUUGCCAAACAACUCGUCUCCAACGGCCUCAUUGUCGUUGGCAUCGCUCGAAGACUUGAACUCAUCCAACAGCUCGCGCAAGAACUCGCCGACCGGAAAGGUAAACUCCACGCGUACAAAGGCGACGUUUCGAAAGAAGAUGACAUCGUCAAGGCUUUCAAAUGGAUUGAGGAGAAUUUGGGGCCUGUGCAUAUUUUAAUUAACAAUGCGGGAGUCGCUAAGGAAACCACCCUAAUUGAGGGGGAUGCCGAGGCUUGGAGGAGUGUCCUUGAGGUGAAUGUUUUGGGUUUGUGUGUUGCCACACGGGAGGCGAUUAGAAGCAUGAAGAGGCAUGAUGUCAAAGGGCAUAUCGUGCAUAUUAAUAGUCUCUGUGGGCAUAGAGUGCCGAAUUUUCCAGGCAUGAAUAUUUAUCCGGCSUCGAAACAUGCCGUCACGGCGCUGACGGAGACCUUGAGGCAGGAACUGAACUUUAUUGGGGCCAAAAUUAAAGUCACGAGUGUUAGCCCUGGACUGGUAACCACCGAAAUGACAACUCUCAACAAAAAUCUCGACCCAGAAAAGAAAGCAAUUGUUGAAAAAUUCCCAGCUUUGGAAACCGAAGACAUCGCAGAUGGAGUUAUCUAUGUUUUGAGCACUCCUGAACACGUCCAGGUGCACGAAUUGACCAUUAAACCAGUCGGGGAAAUGUACUAAAAUUGGUAAAAAAAACAACAAAAUUUCAAAAAAAAAUUUAUUCAACGUUAUCAAGCAUUUCAGUUAGUGGCACUUUGUCGAAAAAUUUCCCGGCUAGAUUUACAAUAAUUUCAGUGAAAAAACUCUCAUAACCACUUCUCACAUCAUCGAAAAUUGCCCUCCAGUUGUCAUUAAGGACUUUAUUCAUCAUAUCGGAAAAUUCAGAAGUUCUAUUUUCCCGAUUUUGGAAAUUCAUGUAAAGUAGAUCAGUUUUGGGGAGAGUCACUUUCCCAUCCACUAUUUUCAAAUGCGUAAACCCUUUUUUUGGGUACUUUUCCAGCGAAAGAAAAACCACACCUGUCACAUUUUCUGGACAAAAAAUUUUCAUUUAACUUCAAAAAACUCUCUUACUUAACAAAAGGGUGGCAUCGCCUUUACCAUGGACCGGAAUAAGUAGCAAUUGGCCCUCGAGCUGAUACUGGGCCAAAAUUUUAAACUCCGGCAUGGUAAUCGUGAAAUUCAAAUGACUCCGAUUUGGGCUUAAACUCAAACUAGUUUUUUUAAUAAAUUUUGCAAAAUUCGAAAAUUGCUUACGCUGCAUUUUCCACAAUUCCCGUCGUAAAACCGUAAAGUUUGGCAUUUUGAAAAUUCUCCUGGACCCCCACAGGCCCCGACCCUGCCCCUAUUGAAAACCGUUCAACCAGUAAUGGGUCCAGUGAUGGUAGCCCAACCAUUGGAUGGUCAAGCUGGACAAGAGCCGUUUGGAUCGCUUCAACCAAACACUGGUCCAAAUCCGGACUUUUAUAAUCACAUUUUUUGAAACUCGAAGCUGGAAAACAAUCAAUUUUUUGUUUUAUUCAUUUAAACACUUACGUAGUUUUGCACAAAAUGUGGUAAUCAUGAAAUGAAAUAUUAGUGUGGUGUAUGAAAGCUUCAUCUUGGUGAUAAAUACUGAUUAUGAAGCAGUUCGGUGAAAUAUUUAUGCUGUAUUUUCAUUUACGUCGUUUGUGACAAUUAUUAUUAUUAUUUAAACAUUUGCAUGAAGUGCUAAGUACUUAAUUGGAGACAAACCUAAUUUAUUAUAAUGUUUGAUGUUGUUUACGAGAGUUUAGACUCGAGGUUAGAAAAACAUUAUGACAAUUUGUCUAAACUGUUUUGUGGAAUUGUGUAUCAAAAAAGGAUUUUUUCUUUUUCAUUAUUUUGCGUUCUGCUUAUUGUUUCAAACUCAGUUUUUAUAAGGUAAUGUCAAAUUUGUAGCAGAGUAAUGAGGAAAAUAAAUAAUUAUUUAAAAAAUAGCUGUUUUUAAUUAAAGUGUUUUGACAAAUAUCUUGUAUUUUUUUAUUAAAAAAUAAAAUAAAGUGAUUAUUAAUUACA